AUGCAUUCAAAUCUGAAAAAGUCCAUAAAAAUAAUAUAAGUAUGUAUGAGUUGACAAAUGCAUUUAACUAAAUAUAAUCUUGAUUAUAAAUCGCCAACUAUCAUAUGCAUUUACACUCAAUUGCACAGACUUAUAUAUCAACAAACAGCAUCUUCAAUGCAUAUAUACACAGCAACAUACAAACAUACGUCGCACUUUUACUAUAUAAACGAAGGGAAUCCGCCUGCGACAUUACAAGUUACUCUUAUCGUCAUGUCGCAAGCCAACGCAAUCUUUAGCGGCCUGCUCGUCGCACUCGUGCUCACAAUAGACAGCUGUGCAGGAUAUUCAGCGCACGGACGUCAACCGCAAAACGUGUCCGAUGCACAACUGGCACGCCGCCUGGUACAUAAGUCCGAGUGGGCUGCGGUGGGUAGCAUUUCGACGAGUGAUAAAAUCCCCGAUUAUCCAAUGGUCAAUAUACUCGCCGUCGAUGAUAGCGCUCUGGAUGGCUCGUCAACUGGACGCAUACGUUUCUUCUUACUGAAUCUGGACUUUACGGGUCGUGAUACGCAGCAAAAGAACAAGGUCACCUUCUUCUUUACCGAUGAACAGGAUGGCGCAUGCCACAGACGUGGCGUCAAUCCCAUGGAACCGGCUUGUCCACGCAUUAUGGUUAGCGGUAGUGUGAAAAAGUUGGAUACCACAGACCCCACCUACAAUGACCAGUUGCAGGCGUUCUAUAAUCGCCAUAAGAAUGCCCAGAAAUGGGUGGCACACAGCCAUAGUUUCGAUUUCAGCGAAUUGGAAAUUGAGAAUAUGUUCAUUGUGGCCUACCAGGGCGGUCCACGUGUUAUUCCUGCCGAGGACUAUUACAAUGCCACAAUUUAAAAUGUUCAGCAAUAAAUAUUAUAUAUUACAAAAGUAUCCUUUUUUAAAUCCCCCAAUAAAGUUUUAUAAAUCAGA